AUUUUCACCAUCAAUCCAAUACCGACGUCUCUGAUCGUCUCUUUGAAUUGGUCGUGUAUCAACAAGGACUGAUGAAUAUACUCUCAUAAAUACACAUUCAGCACAUAUAUAUACCUAUAUACUACUAGCUUAGCUUGUACAUAAUUAGUAAUGAUGAGGAAGCCGGAUCCUCCGGGAACGUCGACAAUGGCGAAAGAUAAGUCGGGGAAGGGUAAGCAGAAGGCGGGGGCGGCGGUUAAACUGAGGAAAGGGUUAUGGUCGCCGGAAGAAGAUGAGAGGCUGAUGAUGUACAUGGUGAGGAACGGGCAAGGUUGUUGGAGCGACAUUGCGCGGAACGCCGGGCUCCAGAGGUGCGGGAAGAGCUGCCGCCUCCGGUGGAUCAACUACCUCCGGCCCGACCUUAAACGCGGCGCUUUUUCACCUCAAGAACAAGACCUCAUCCUCCAUUUGCAUUCCCUUUUGGGAAACAGGUGGUCUCAAAUUGCGGCACGGCUCCCCGGCCGGACGGACAACGAAAUCAAGAAUUUCUGGAACUCCACCAUCAAGAAGAAGUUGAAAAAUGCCAACUCAACGCUUUCCCCCAACGCCACCGAUUCGUCCUCGGAUAAUAACCCAAUGGCUUUCCUCGGAGGAGGAGGAUCGACCUCCGCCGCCGCCGCCUCAAUUCCCUCCAUGCAACACAAUCAACCGGAUUCUUCAUCUUCUUCAAUGCUACCAAACGCCCACCCCCACCACCAACACUUUGACCCUUUUCCUCAGCAUCAUCAACAGCACAACUACGACGAGGCCGUACAUUUGUUCGGCUUUCCGCCGUGUAUGACGGCCGGAGCUAGUGGCUGUGGUGACCAAAGUGCCUUUCUUGGUGACUAUAAUUUUUUCGUGGAGCCCUAUGCUGUGAUGGGAUUGGAAAAAGACCUUUCUGUCCCUGCAUUGGAGAGCUGUUGUACUAGCAUUACUCAUAACGAAAAAGAGAAUGUUGAGUACAAUGCUACCAAUAAUAAUAGUGUUAUUGAAAGCUAUGGAGUUGGAGAUGGGGAUGAUAUUGUUAACGUUGACAAUUGUGACAUCUUUGACAAAAAUGGGAAUGAUGUUGUUUGCAACAACAUUAGCAAUAACCAACAUUUGGUCAAUAUUGACAUGACAGAUCUUAACGUUGAGGAUUACAUGGUCAAUGCUUAUGGAAACCAUCAUUGGAGUGGAGAAAGCUUAAGGAUGGGAGACUUUUUGGAUUGGGAAGGUUUGUUGGCUAAUCUCCCUUCCUUACCUUACUUUUGAUUCAUUACUUUCAUGAAUUGAAUCAAAGAGUAGGCUAUCCUUUUCAAGUUUGCAAAGUACAUAGGGUUUUGCUUCUCUCUUUCUCUCGGGUUUAGUGCAUGAAACCCCAUUGUGAUAUAGAAAUUCAUUGUAUUAGUCCUUUGUAAUUCAAAAAAUGCGUCAAAUCUCUUGUAUUAUAAUUAUUCAUGCACAGAACCCCUAGUUUUAUUAACAAAUUUAACAAUUUGGAAACUACUUUUCUUAAUAUUGUGAUUGAAUAUGCAAGUAAAUUUGUCAAAAUCUCUAAAUUGUACAAAAGUGUCAGUCAUUUUUCUUUUAUUAGAUAAUUAAAAUUUUCCAUAUAAGAGAUUUUGUGCAUAUUUAUAAUACACGUGGUUUGAUGCAUUCUUUUAAAUCACAUACGGAGUAGCUGAUGCGCUAAAUUUCUAUAUCACAAGGGAGUUUAAACCCAUUCUCUGACAGUCUUCUCUCUAGAUACACAUAUUCGUGGAAUAAAUCUCGAAUGAGAGGUGUGUGAAUUAUUGUAUACAAGGACAAUGGCGGUGUAUAUAAUUUUCAUUCAUUUUGGAGAUGAAUAAUAAGGAUGAUCUGAGUUGAUGGUAGGCGGCAAAUAAACAAGAAUGUAUAGUUGUCCAGAAGAGCAAUUGAAGGUGUGAAUAGAAAGAUAGAAUAAUUGAGGUUAUUCAUAUGCAUUUAUGCUGAUCCAUAGCAUAUAUAUAUACUCCAUAACAGAUAGACUUUGGAGGUGGGGUUUGAAUGUAGUCGGAUGAAAUCAAUGUUCAUAUAUAGGAGAUUUAUUUUUUGCCUUUUUCUUUCAAGGAGAUAAAGGUUUCAAUUCACCUUGUGAUACUUGUACUAUAUAUAUACUUGUUCCAGCCAAAGAAUAAAAUCCUAUUUGAAUUA